CUUUACAAUAAAGAAAUGACAGAUAAAGAAUACAAAAAUCAUGACCAACUUCUUGACGCUUUAAAAUUUCAAAUACAAUUAAUGAUUACUAAAAUUAUAAGAUUAGAAGGAAGGAUCAAGAGAUUAGAUGAUAAGGAUACCAAUUUUCUAACUGAAAUAACUUUAUUAAAAAAAGAAAAUCACUAUUUAAUAAAAGAAAAUGAAACCUUAAAGAGUGAAAAUGAAGCCUUCAAAAUGGUCAUUUCACAUUCAGCUAGGAUAUAUAGCAAUAAUGAAGAACAAUAUGAAAGUACGAUUCAACAACAAAUAAAUGAGAUACAUAAAUAUCGUCAAAUUAUUCAAAGUAUCUCCUCUUACUGUCAAGAAAAUAGUAUUGUUAAUAAUUUUCUACAACUAAAUAGAAUUGAUGCUCGAAUACGUUAUUCGAGUUUUAAUGAUACCGUUAAUGCAUCAAACAAUCUGAAUAAAUUUGUUGAACUUAAUCAGGACGAAACAGAAAUCGAAGAAACUCCUCAACUAUAUCGCACAUUUUCUUUUAUUAAAGACAGAGAAAAUGAAACCAUCCAGAAUGAAGAAGGAGAAUGCUCCAAAUUUGUUAAUGGAAAUAAUAAUUUUGAAGUUAAAAACAGAGAUGAAAAGAAUAUCUAUGAUACAGAAAU